CACCUGGAGGACCAGCAUACAAUGCUCCUUUUCCGGGAUUCCGUUGUCGGCCUAGGCGAGCUAAGCGAUAUGCUAUCGGCUAACUGAGGUUGGACCGAAACUACUCUCAUCAGUGAGCAAGACCACUCACCAUUUUGCUGUUUAGCGACUUCCUUCAAUCUGCCAUCACAAGGCGUGGAGGAAUAACAUCACGAGGACAAUCUAUAAGGACAAACAUGCAUUAGACUAUGUAGCUGCCAUGUUGCAGAUGGCCAUGUUUCAAAGCUGCACAAUGGGAGAGAAGGUCAACGUGCAGCGAACGUGGAGGUGGGAGAGGUUUCUACAUCCACGCCUGGUUUCUACAUCCAGUAACACUCCAGUGACGUGCUCAGGGCUUCUUUUUGGAAAGAGUUGAUUUCUUUGUGGGGUUUUUGUUUUUGGGUGGGGUGUGUUUCCUCUUCUUUUGCCACAUUGACACACAAACCGACGGCAGUGCUCUUAAAGAAUCCGGAAUGGACUUGGCUGGAACUUAGACUACAAUAGAGACUACAAUAGCAUUUUAGCAACUUACCAAAGUCACCUUUGGACUUGGGUUUUGACUUUUCUCCAGUUGUAUAUCGCUGCUGACAGUUCGACAGUGUGGAACUGUCCUGCCUGCAGCCAUCCUCAGCGACCCCCUCCCACCCAGUGCCUAAAUAAGCCCCCUCGGGACAAUCACACAAGUCAUCAGCCGCUACCGUGCUCAAUACUUUGCCUGUUUUCAUCCAUGUGCAUCUGCUCUCCGCAUGCUGGCCCUUCAUCCGCUAAAUCUUUAAUUUUCUGCUCCCUUACUUUGAGAUUUUCCUCUUCAUAUUUUCCCCCCCAAGCCAGAUAAUCGGAGUUUGAGCACAACGAUUGCAAUUUAUUUGAAAACGUCUUAAGUCUGCGCUUUUCUACGCACAAGCAGGGGUGUUACAGCUAAGACUUAAUUACCUUCUUGCACCCAACGCAGUACCAUUAAAGCCAUACAAAAAUAUUUAUGAAUUUCCGAUACAUAUUUUUGUAUCACAUUGCUCCUGCUUUUUUAUGCCUAAAUUAUAGUCCUGCAUAGAAACAUUUAUAUUUACAUACUAUCUACAUGCAAGUGGAACUGUAUAUUGCUGUAUGAUUUAAAAGCAUAUAUAUUUGAGCGAGUGUUAUAGUGAUGUGAAUUGUUGCUGACUGUUUUCCGUUCAUAUAUGCUGCUUUGCUUCCGGUCAACCCAUGGCCUCUCCCAAACAAACACCAUAUUUGUCAUAUUAACUAGUAGAGCAGCCUUUCAAAUAGGUAGACUGUAGAAAUCUACCUCUCACCUGGUCUUCCUCCCACUGCUCCAUCUCUGAUGCCGGGCUUCAGCAGUGGAGGUGUCGGGGGAGGAGUGGCUGGCCAGGUUUCCGCUCCUCCCCGCCCCUUUAGACCCAGCCGAUAUGUCCCGGUGUCUGCAGCCACCACCUUCCUGGUCGGAUCCACCACCCUCUUCUUCUGCUUCACCUGUCCGUGGUUGUACGACUAUUUCUCCGCCGUCAUUCCUGUUUAUAUUGCCGUGAUCUUCCUCUUCACGCUGGCCAACUUCUGCAUGGCUACGUUCAUGGAUCCGGGAGUCUUCCCUCGAGCGGAGGAAGAUGAGGACAAAGAGGAUGAUUUCCGCGCUCCGCUCUACAAGACAGUGGAAAUCAAAAGCAUCCAAGUGCGCAUGAAGUGGUGCUCUACCUGUCGCUUCUACCGACCCCCACGAUGCUCCCAUUGUUCGGUCUGCGACAACUGUGUAGAGGACUUUGACCACCACUGUCCAUGGGUGAACAACUGUAUUGGUCGGCGCAACUAUCGCUACUUCUUCCUCUUCCUGCUGUCACUCACCACCCACAUUGUGGAUGUUUUUGGCUUUGGCCUCGUUUAUGUGCUGCACCACCGCCAGCAACUCGACACACCACAUGCUGCAGUCACUAUGGCUGUGAUGUGUGUUGCUGGUCUGUUUUUUGUCCCAGUUGCUGGCCUGACUGGGUUCCAUAUUGUGCUCGUGGCUAGAGGUCGGACCACAAAUGAGCAGGUGACAGGAAAGUUUCGUGGAGGUGUUAACCCCUUCACCAACGGCUGUGUUAGGAAUAUUUCACAUGUACUUUGCAGCUCACUGGCACCCAGAUAUACGGGUCGUUCCCGCAAGCCUCAGACAGUCGAACUACAGCCCCCUUUCCUCAGGCCGGCUCUCACGGAAGCACAGCUCGAAGCCAAGGUCCUGGAUAAUGGUAUCCAGAAUGAUCGACACAGCACAAGAUCAAAGAGCAGUUUGGAUCAAAUGGAGAGCCAGUCGGCAGACACGGAGCCUCCACCUCCCCCGAAGCCAGAGCUUCGUUACCCUGGGCUGCCUCGUGGUGAAGCUGAGGAAAGCAGCUUGUUGACAGAAGGUGUGCACACACAGCCCAUGUACAAGUAUCGACCUGCGUACAACAGCCCAGGAAGGAACCACAGUGCCCACACACAUACCGGCAAGGUGAUCCGCGGGGAGAGUCUCGACUCUCCGGCUCCCUCUAUCCUUCACUCCAGCCGCCACCCCAGUUAUCGUUCGGAACCGAGCAGCCUGGACGGGACCACAGUGGUGGUGGGCGGUGCGGGAGCGUUCAAAGGGGCAGGGGACAGGGGUGAGGGCCCCGGAGGAUUAGGCAGGACUGUCGUGUCGGGGGGUAUGUCAGGUUAUUCCCUGACCGGGCGCUCUCACACGUCAUACCCAUCCUCUCUGGUUCUGUCCACUGGGGGGUCCCACUCCUCCAGCCUGCGCUCAGCGCACAUGGCACACAAUCCUCUGGCCACCCUCCAGUCAGAAGGCACUACAGACACCAGCUACAAAAGUCUAGCUAACCAGACCCCUCGGAACGGCAGUCUGUCCUACGACAGCCUGCUCACACCCUCCGAUAGCCCUGAGUUUGAGUCUGCCGCCCAUGAGUUGUCGCCGCAGAAGCCUCGUGCUCCGUUCCCUUCCUCGACUGGGGCUGCGGUCAGAGGCCAGCCGGAAGCGCUGUCCCCAAGUUCUCAGCUGCAGGGCUAUACGUCGCCUUUCCUCUCAGCUCAGCUCAGCCAGCAGAGGGAGGGCCAUCUGCUGCAGGGCUCCGCCACUUUCUCCUCCCCUCACAGAGCCUACCUGCGUGCCGUCAGCCCGCCCCCUCUCUCCGGGCCUCCCGAGACGCUGCAACUGCUCCAGCAUAACCACGACUCCUCUUCCAGAGUUCCCCGUAACAGUGUGUCCUCCUCCUCCUCCCCGGGGGCUCGCUCGCCAGAGCCUCCUGUCUCCCCUCCGCCUCGCGGCCUCUCCCUGGGCAAGUCCCAGUCUUACACUGGAGAGGCAGGGCCACAGCACAAGCUUCGGGCCACCGUGGCGCUGGGAGGGGGAGGAGUCGGAGGAGGGCAUCAGGCUCCACAAUCGUCCUCUCGCACAAUCUUGGCCAAUCACAACACAUCUAAACCAGGGGGCGGAGUGAAGAAGGUGACCGGUGUCGGAGGGACCACUUACGAGAUAUCGGUUUGAGUGACAUGCACUCUUAUUCCACUGAGGAGGAGAAAAAGAUAAGUCACUGGACAACUUCCACUUGUCUCUUUUCUGAGCUGGACGUUAUUCAUGACUGCGGAGCCAAAAGCACCGUUGCGUGCGCAGCCGUCUGCCCGGUAUCGACCGGCCUUUCCUUUUCAAUCUGAACAAAGACUGCACGUGGCUCUUGCUUCACAGGCCCAGAGUGUUUGGAGGCCGUUUCCUCAAGGACAGAAGUCGCACAGAUACGGUUUGACGUGGUAACAUUAGGGCACAGUAUUUUUGACCCCCGAGAGUGUCCUACUGAAUUCUAAGAUGGAUCUAUGAGUGUUGACCAAUGAGGACUGUCUUGCUUAUGGACCACACAUCCUGUCGAGUAAAAAGCGUUGAGAGCAUCCAACCUAUAAAACACACAGUAUCAUUUUAGUUUUAUAAGUCUUUGUUUUUAAAUAUGCUUUUAUAUAAACAUGUAAGAUCUUGCAGAUUAUUAAUGGGUCCCGUCAUCAGGUGGUGAAGAUGACUUAUCGAUAUGGGUGGCAAAUGUAUGUGUCUAAUUGUUUAUUUUUAAUUACAAAUGUGUUGCCUGUUUAUAAUUGACGGCUGCAUCAGCCACUCGUGAGCUCUUGCCGGAAUUGUCGUGAUCCAAAGAGUCGACUUGGGGACGUGGCAAACAAUUGAGCUUUAUUUUCAAAAGCCACAGAAAAAUGUGGAGCGCAACGCAUCUUCGUUGAAUGUACCUGCGUAAUGUUUUUGUGCUUGAGGCGUUAUGCAAAAUCAGUUUUGUAGCUUUAAGAUCCUCGUCUGUCUUGUUUCCGAUGCUAGGCAAACUGUUUUAGUCUUAUCCAUGGAUGACCAGCCAGUUAGGGGCAGUGAGGGGUGGGCUUAUUUAUUUCACCAAACAGGAAAAACAAAACUUGUAGUUGCAAGCGAAACAUGUCAAACCAGUCACUUUGAGUUGUUUUCAAGGCUUGGAUACGUUUUAAAAAACGAAAUGUACUAGGGAUGCACCGAAAAUGUGUUGAAAAGGGCCCAAAAAUAUACACUAUUUUAGAUUUUAGACACAUCGCCUUGAUCUGCCACCAAGGACUGCCCCUGGUGGCCAUGUGUGCUUGGCUCGGAAUUUCUGAAUUCAGUUUUCAGUCGUGGGUUUCCUCAUAUUUAGUUUCGGCCACAAAUUUACAUUUCGGUGCAUCACUAGAAUAUACAGUACAGGACUGGUUUGCAAUUUUUUUUUUUCUUCCUUUAGAACAUUUAUAGGGAAGCAAAGCACAUUUUUAUUUCUUUAUUUUUUUUAACCUUUUCCUGACAUUGUGUAUAGCCGGUCUGAUUAUUAUUAUUAUUUUAAAUAUAUAUAUAAUAAUUCACACUCAGGCGUUGUCUACUAGGUACAAGUGACUUGAAAACCCACAGCUAGAGGUGUUGUAUAAUUUUAAAUUGUCCAAUUCCUACUAUUUAAGCCUCUGAACAGUCACUAUUCUGAUUUCUGCAGUCUUUCAUGAGAGCAGAGUUCAUUCAUUCAUCCUCACAGGGUUUUGGUUAAUCAAAAUAAGACAUUUGUUUUUAAUUUGGAAAACACUGAUCGAACCAGGAACUGAAUCCGUUUAAAAAAAAAAAAAAAAUCUGGUCAAUAUUCAAUCCCACUCGUUUGAUAUUGCUUAAUGGUUUAGUUUUUACCAAACAACUCAAAAUAAACAAAAGGAAACCGGGAGGGGGGGAAGAAAACAUGCAAAAAUUUAAUUGUAUCCAGUUAAAUGAUGGGAUAAUUGAUUGAACAAUUGAUUGAAAAAAAUGUUUGACUGUUACAGCUGACUGAGGUAAAAAGGUUUGCUCGAAUUGGGCAUUACAAUUAAUCCGUUUUUUUUUUGUUUUACCCAACCCAAAAGGAGACUGAUACCGUUUUUUUCCGUGUAUAGUGCGCAAAAUUUUACCAAUUUAUUGUCCUAAAAUCCGGGGUGCGCAUUAUACAUGGGUACAAAAGAAAAAAAAAUAAAAAAAAUUUUUUUAAAUUUUUUUUUUUUUUUUUUUUUUUUUUUUUUUUUAAGUCCCAAUGAUCGUCACACACGCAGGGAGGCAAUGGGUCCCAUUUUUAUAGUCUUUGGUAUGGUCUUAACUAGGCUGGAUGUAAUUUUUUUUGUUGGCGUUGAUUUCUCCGACUGCCCGUAAACGCACCACCGCGCUUCGUGUGCGCACGGGACAGCAAACGAGCAGGUGAUCGAGCAAGCGUCUGAUACGAGAGCAUUGCGGUCGCAUGGAGCGUGUUUGAAGUGAACAGCAGAGAAGAAAGGCAAAGUGUUGUGAAAUAAAAUGCACAGAACGGAUGCGCAAGACACGUCAGCUAUAUAAAGAGCGAGAGUUAUUUUCUUCCUAUUAGUUUCAAUUCACAGUUUAAUUAGCAGUUUCAAUCAGCAAAUAACAAAAUGCGUAUUACAGGUAAUAUUUUAUUUCACAACACUUUGCCUUGUUCCUUUGGUCUCUGCUGUUCAUCCUAAAACACAAAGGCGCUCUUUAAGCAAUGCGACAGUGAGCGCCCGGCGCGCUGCACCAAAUUAAGCUCCCUGCGCAGUGCGCACUGAGGUCCACUUAAAUUUUAGAAAGUACAUCAGGACUUUAAAAAUAUCUUCUAAAUUUCAGCGACGGCUCUGUCACAAUAAUCGACCAGCCCGGUGCAGUUGGGCGGUCGGCGGCGCGCUACGGUUGAGCGUUCUCUCGCGCGCUCUCUCUCUCGCUCUCUCUCGCUCUCGCACACACGCAAACCGGAUAUCAUACGGAGGCCGCCAUUACAGAUGCGCAGAACGGAUGAGCAAGACACGUCAGCUAUAUAAAGAGCGAGAGUUCAGUUCUCUACCUAAAUCCGUAUUACAGGUAAUAUUUUAUUUCACAACACUUUGCCUUGUUCCUUUCUUCUCUGCUGUUCACUUCAAACACGCUCCAUGCGCACGGAGCGCGGUGGUGCGUUUACGGGCAGUCGGAGAAAUCAACGCCAACAAAAAAAAUUACAUCCAGCCUAGUUAAGACCAUACCAAAGACUAUAGAAAUGGGACCCAUUGCCUCCCUGCGUGUGUGACGAUCAUUGGGACUUAAAAAAAAAAAAAAAAAAAAAUUUUUUUUUUUUAAAAAAAUUCAUAAAAAUUGGGUGCGUAUUAUACAUGGGUACAAGCUUUUUUCCAGCAUCAGCAUGCCAUUUUUAGGGGUGCGUACUAUACAUGGGGGCGCACUAUACACGGAAAAAAACGGUACUUUGAGUUGUGGCAGGCUGUAUUUUCAUCAUGCACGCGAUUCUUGUUCAUGCCGAUUGUUCUUUCGUAGCCCUCCCCAGUUCACAAUUGAGUCGACAUUAAUGGCACAAGUUCCUUAAAAAUAAUUUAGCGAACCUAAAUUACUUUCCUUCCGCUCUGGCCAAGGAUGACGUCUGCUGAACAAUUCAAAUUUGUGCAAGUAUGUUGACAAGACUUAUUGUGAGAAUAAAUCGCUCUUGUGGGGUUGGAA